AUGGGAUUCAUCCCACCUGAACUAGAGCCCAACACCUCAUCUCCAAUCUUCGCUGUAAUACCCCACCGGAACAGCUCCCUCCGCCACUCCCUGUUGCCAUGGUGCGAUCAAAACCCACGAUGGUGGGAAGGUGAAGAUGACGGCAAUGGAGCAGAUGCCCUUGAUGAAAUAUGUGGUCUACGAGUCUCUUCGAAUCGAAUCACCUGUAGUCUUACAAUCGAAUCACACGACGCCAUUUUCAAAGUGAAAGAAGGGAAUAUGUUAUUCGGAUACCAGCCAUUUGCGACCAAGGAUCCCAAAGUGUGUGACCGUGCGGAAGAACUUGUUCUGAAUCGGUUUGUGGGUGAUGGCGAGAAACUUUUAAAUUAUGUGUCGUGA